GUCACGUGACUCCUCUGUCCACAGCGUAAGCGACAGAAGCCGAGGAGUGAAAGCCAAGGACGUGAUGAAAACUCUACUUUUCUUCUCUAUCCCGUUAUUAUUCAUCCCUUUGGUUUGGAGCGGGUACCUGGAAUAUAAUCAAGAUGUCCUGAUUCCAGAGGGCUGGACCCAUGCGGGUCGAGUGGACCCGUCAGAGGAGCUGGAGCUGACCUUCGCUCUGAAGCAGCAGAACGUUCAUCUGCUGGAGGAAACGCUCAGACUGGUGUCAGACCCAGACUCAGCUCAGUACGGUAAAUAUCUUAGCCUGGAGGAAGUAGCUUCCCUUGUGCGACCGUCUGAAAUGACCCAGAAGGUGGUGCGCCGCUGGCUGCAGAGUCAUGGGGUUUCAAACUGCCUCACUGUUCACACUCAGGACUUUAUGCAAUGCACCAUGACUGCAGAGGUUGCAGAAAAUCUCCUGCAAGGAAGCCGGUUCCAUCACUACGUCAGAGACGGCCAGUCUUUGAUCCGAUCUUCAGCUCCGUACUCCGUUCAUGAUGACGUUCACCAGCACCUUGAUUUUGUUGGAGGUCUUCACCGCUUCCCGCCCAAACAGCAGGAACCCCGAGAGAAACGGCAGAACUUCAAAGCUGGGCUGCAUCUGGGAGUGACGCCUGCCAUCCUGAGAGCUCGCUACAAUCUCACGGCAGCCGACGUGGGGUCAGCUCAGAACAACAGUCAGGCUGUCGCUCAAUUCUUGGAGCAGUACUUCCACCCUGCAGACUUGACGGAGUUCAUGAACCUGUUUGGCCGGACGUUUCCUCAUAUGUCUCAGGUGGAUCGGGUUGUUGGUACUCAAGGGGGCGGAAAGGCGGGUCUGGAGGCCAGUCUGGAUGUGGAGUACAUCAUGAGCACUGGAGCAAACAUCUCUACUUGGGUCUUCACCAAUCCAGGCCGUCAUGAAUCCCAGGAGCCCUUCCUGCAGUGGAUGGUCUUGCUCAGCAACAUGUCCGACCUGCCGUGGGUUCACACCAUCAGCUACGGCGACGAUGAAGACAGCCUGUCCACCGCUUACAUGACGCGCAUCAACAUGGAGUUCAUGAAGGCUGGCGUCAGAGGGAUCUCCCUGCUCUUUGCCUCAGGCGACAGUGGAGCUGGAUGCAGACAUCUGGGUAAAGAAAAAAACUCCUUCAGGCCCAGUUUUCCAGCAUCAAGCCCUUAUGUGACCACAGUUGGAGGAACAUCAUUCAAGAACCCGUACAAGGUCACAUAUGAAGUCACAGACUACAUCAGUGGAGGCGGUUUCAGUAACGUCUUCAAGAUGCCUGACUACCAGGUGAGCGCGGUGCAAGGUUACCUGAAGUCUGUGAAGGCGACCCUCCCUCCUCAGUCCUACUUUAACACCAGCGGUCGAGCCUACCCAGACAUGGCGGCCCUGUCGGACAAUUACUGGGUGGUCAGCAACAGAGUGCCCAUCCCCUGGGUGUCGGGCACCUCGGCGUCCACCCCCGUGGUCGGAGGAAUGCUCUCGCUCAUCAACGGGCAGCGUUUGCUGAAGGGCCUCCCCGCCCUGGGCUUCCUCAACCCCCGCCUCUACAAGCUGAAGGGACAGGCUCUGUUUGAUGUGACUGAAGGUUGUCACCUGAGCUGUCUGGAUGAGCAGGUUCAGGGGAAGGGUUUCUGUGCUGCUCCGUCAUGGGACCCCGUCACCGGCUGGGGGACGCCAAACUACCCCGAGCUGCUGGCUGCCCUCUUAACUAAGUAAAGGGGAAGUACUGAAGGGGAACUAGCAUAUCUGCUCUAAGAGCAAAUACAGAUUUUUUCUUUUUUUUUUUUUUAUCUGGUGCCUAAUGCUUUAAAGCAGGACAGUGAAGUUCCAACUUUCUGUUUUGUGAUUUUGAUCUCAAGGAUUUUAUUCACCAUUUAAACUUAUUUUAAGUUUUCUGUUUCUCCAUUUUCAGAAAAGUCUUCAAACUGCUUUUUAAAACUCAUUUACAUAAAAAAGGAAGUUUUAAAAUUAAAUCAUCACAGUCCACUCUUACCACAUUAUGAUGUAUAAAAAAAUCUGGUUGAUAUUUUUCUUGAAAUGAAUGUAUUUGGAUACUUUUAAAGGCAAAUGCAGUUUUUAUCAUGCAAUAAAACCUAAAGAUUAAGCUGCA